GGGCGGGUGGGUGCGAGGUCGGGGCUGACGGGCACCCCGCCCCUCCCCGGCGGGGCCGUCAUUAGGCUGCCGGUUGAUUACAGGGUAUUGAUUUGUAUGUGCUUCUCCCGGCGCCGGCCGCUCCCGCUGGUGCUGCCGGAGUUCGGGCAGCGCUUCCCGUAGCGGCGGCAGCUCCCACCAAACAUGUCGGCUCCCGCCGGGCCCCGGAGCGGCCCCGCCGCUCCUCAGCCUCCUCCGGCCCCGCAGCCCGAGAUGCCGGACCUCAGCCACCUCACGGAGGAAGAGCGGAAGAUCAUCCUGGCCGUCAUGGACCGCCAGAAGAAGGAAGAGGAGAAGGAGCAAUCCGUGCUCAAGGUCAAAGAAGAGCAAAAACCACAGUCGACACAGUGGUUUCCCUUUAGUGGGAUCACUGAGCUGGUAAAUAACGUUCUCCAACCACAGCAAAAACAGCAAAAUGAAAAGGAGCCCCAGACAAAAUUACAUCAGCAGUUUGAAAUGUAUAAGGAGCAAGUGAAGAAGAUGGGUGAAGAAUCACAGCAGCAGCAGGAGCAGAAGGGUGAUGCCCCAACCUGUGGCAUCUGCCACAAAACAAAAUUUGCUGAUGGCUGUGGCCAUAACUGUUCAUAUUGCCAAACUAAAUUCUGUGCGCGCUGUGGAGGAAGAGUGUCUUUACGGUCAAAUAAGGAGGACAAAGUGGUAAUGUGGGUAUGUAACUUGUGCCGAAAACAACAAGAAAUCCUCACAAAAUCAGGAGCCUGGUUCUAUAACAGUGGAUCACAUGCACCACAGCAGCCUGACCAAGAAGGAAUUAGAGCUCUGCGAAACGAGGAAGCACCUCAAGAGAAAAAAGCAAAGCUGCAGGAGCAUCCUCAGUACCAAGGACCACCAGGUGACAUAUCCACACAAGCUUUGGACAAAAACAGAUCUCAAGGGCUCACAAGACAAGACUCAAUUAAGAAUGGUUCAGGAGUAAAGCAUCAAGUAACAAGUGACACAACAUCAGACAGGAAAAGAAGCCCAUCAAUAUCAAGAGAACAGAACAGAAGAUACGAGCAAAGGGACGAGCGAGACGAAUAUUCACAGUAUGCUACAUCAGACAGUGCGAUGCCCAGGUCACCAUCAGAUUAUUCAGAUAGACGGUCACAGCGUGGGCCUCAGUUAUAUGAAGAACCUGAACUGGGUGAUUAUAGGGAUUCCAACCGAAGGAGCCGCAGGCGUUCCAAGGAGUAUCCGGUAGAAGAAGAAGAUGCACAAAACAGGGAGGAAUAUGAAAGGCAGCGGAGAGAAGAGGAAUACCAGGCACGAUACCGAAGUGACCCUAAUUUGGCUCGUUACCCAGUCAAGCCACAACCAUAUGAGGAACAAAUGCGUAUCCAUGCGGAAGUGUCCCGAGCACGUCAUGAACGGAGGCAUAGUGAUGUCUCAUUGGCAAAUACAGAGUUGGAAGAUUCUCGGAUGUCUAUGCUCAGGAUGGAACGGCCAUCAAGGCAAAGAUCAGUGUCUGAACGCAGGGCUGCCAUGGAAAAUCAACGUUCAUACUCUAUGGAAAGAACUCGAGAGGCUCAGGGGCCAAGUCCCAAUCGUCAGAGGACCACAAAUCAUAGCCCUCCUACACCUAGGAGGAGUCCAAUUCCUCUGGAAAGACCAGACAUGAGGCGCUCUGAUUCGUUAAGGAAACAGCACCAUUUGGAUCCCAAUUCUGCUGUACGGAAAACAAAACGUGAAAAAAUGGAGACCAUGUUACGGAAUGAUUCACUUAGCUCAGACCAGUCUGAAUCUAUCAGACCUCCCCCACCAAAGCCCCAUAAAACGAAAAAGGGAGGUAAAAUGCGCCAGGUUUCAUUAAGUAGCUCAGAAGAAGAAUUGGCAUCCACUCCAGAAUAUACAAGUUGUGAUGAUGUAGAGAUUGAAAGUGAAAGUGUUAGUGAAAAAGGGGACAGUCAAAAGGGAAAAAGAAAAACUAGUGAGCAGGCAGUUUUGUCGGAUUCUAACACCUUAUCCGAGAGGCAAAAGAAAAUGGUGUGCUUUGGUGGCCACUCUUUGGAAGAGGACUUGGAAUGGUCUGAGCCUCAGAUAAAAGACUCUGGGGUAGAUACGUGUAGUAGCACAACUCUAAACGAGGAACAUAGCCAUAGUGAGAAGCAUCCAGUAACUUGGCAACCAUCCAAAGAUGGAGAUCGUCUCAUUGGUCGGAUUUUGUUAAAUAAGCGACUAAAAGAUGGAAGUGUGCCUAGAGAUUCAGGAGCAAUGCUUGGAUUGAAGGUAGUAGGAGGAAAGAUGACUGAAUCAGGUCGACUCUGCGCAUUUAUCACCAAAGUUAAAAAAGGAAGCUUAGCUGAUACAGUGGGGCAUCUUAGACCAGGUGAUGAAGUGUUAGAAUGGAAUGGAAGACUACUACAAGGAGCCACUUUUGAGGAGGUAUAUAACAUCAUUUUAGAAUCCAAACCUGAGCCACAAGUGGAGCUUGUAGUUUCAAGACCAAUAGGGGACAUUCCCAGAAUACCUGACAGCACACAUGCACAGCUGGAGUCCAGUUCAAGUUCAUUCGAAUCUCAAAAAAUGGACCGACCUUCUAUUUCAGUGACUUCUCCUAUGAGUCCUGGCAUGUUAAGGGAUGUUCCACAGUUCUUGUCUGGACAACUUUCAAGCCAAAGCCUUAGUAGAAGAACAACGCCUUUUGUUCCUAGGGUUCAGAUAAAACUGUGGUAUGACAAGGUUGGUCAUCAGCUAAUAGUGACAAUACUGGGAGCAAAGGAUCUUCCUUCAAGGGAAGAUGGGAGGCCAAGGAAUCCUUAUGUUAAAAUUUACUUUCUUCCAGACAGAAGUGAUAAAAAUAAAAGAAGAACAAAAACAGUGAAGAAAACAUUGGAACCAAAGUGGAAUCAGACAUUUAUUUAUUCUCCAGUUCAUCGGAGAGAGUUUAGAGAACGAAUGUUAGAAAUCACUCUUUGGGACCAAGCACGAGUUCGAGAGGAAGAAAGUGAAUUUUUAGGAGAGAUUCUUAUUGAGUUAGAAACAGCAUUACUAGAUGAUGAACCUCACUGGUACAAACUUCAAACGCACGAUGUCUCUUCAUUGCCACUUCCCCAUCCCUCACCAUAUUUGCCACGCAGACAACUCCAUGGCGAGAGCCCCACACGGAGGUUACAAAAUAAAGGCUUAUAUUCAUAUAAUUCAGGAUCCAAAAGAAUCAGCGACAGUGAAGUCUCUGAUUAUGACUGUGAUGAUGGAAUUGGUGUUGUUUCAGAUUAUCGACAUAAUGGGCGAGAUCUUCAAAGUUCAACAUUAUCAGUGCCAGAACAAGUUAUGUCAUCUAAUCAUUGUUCUCGAUCAGGGUCCCCUCACCGUGGAGAUAGUAUAGGACGGACUAGGUCGUGGUCUCCCAGUGUCCCUCCCCCACAAAGUCGGAAUGUGGAUCAGGGACCCCGAGGGACUCGAUCCACCGCUGCGCAUUACAACACCCUGAACCGCAUGGACAGGCACCGAGUCAUAGAUGACCACUACUCCCGGGACAGAGAGAGGAGGACUAGACAGGAGAGAAGAGUGCCUAUUUCAUAUUAUGAUGACACAGCCUAUACUCCUGAAAGGUGGUACAAUGGUGCAAGUUCAUGGGCAGAUCAUGUAGUCAAUGGUUCAGCUGAAAAAUAUGGGAAUUGUGAAGCAGCAGAUAGACAGCCAUAUCAAAGAUCCAGAUCAACAGAGCAACGUCCUAUGCUAGAGCGGACCAACUCCCGCUCCCGAUCCACAGAGCGUCCUGACUCAAACCUCAUCAGGUCGAUGCCUUCAUUAAUGACUGGAAGAUCUGCCCCUCCUUCACCUGCCUUACCGAGGUCACAUCCUCGAUCUGGGUCUGUUCAGACAAGUCCAUCAAGUACUCCGGUAGUAGGGCGAAGGGGCAGGCAGUUACCGCAGCUCCCACCCAAGGGGACGUUGGAGAGAAACAAUGGAGACAAGGAGAUAGAAUCUUAUGAAGAAGAAGCGGAAUCAUCAAGGAGAAGAAACUCAGAAGAAAAGAAAGCAGAUCCAGAGAAUGGGGAUACAGGUGCAAUGGAUGUAGAAGAAAGGAAUCGCCAAAUGAAAAUGAGCAAGUACAAACAGGUAGCAGGAUCAGAUUCCAGGCUGGAACAAGAUUAUCAUUCUAAGUAUCGGUCAGGGCGGGAUCCUCAUCGAGGCUCAGACAAUGUUUCCAAUAAGUCUUCUGACAGCGAUGUCAGCGAUGUCUCCGCUGUGUCACGGACAAGCAGCGCUUCACGUUUCAGCAGCACAAGCUACAUGUCCGUCCAGUCAGAGCGUCCAAGGGGAAACAAGAAAAUAAGUGUCUUUACAUCCAAAAUGCAAAGCAGACAGAUGGGCGUCUCAGGAAAGAACAUGACUAAGAGCACCAGCAUCAGCGGGGACAUGUACACGCUGGAGAAGAAUGAUGGCAGCCAGUCUGACACAGCAGUGGGCACUGUUGGUGGCGGCAGCAAAAAGCGACGGUCCAGCAUUGGCGCGAAGAUGGUCGCCAUAGUGGGUCUCUCAAGAAAAAGUCGCAGCACAUCUCAGCUCAGCCAAACUGAAGCAGGAGGUAAGAAGCUGCGAAGCACCGUCCAGAGGAGCACUGAGACAGGGCUGGCUGUGGAGAUGAGGAACUGGAUGACUCGUCAGGCUAGCCGGGAAUCGACGGAUGGGAGCAUGAACAGCUACAGUUCUGAGGGAAAUUUGAUUUUCCCUGGUGUGAGGUUGGCUGCAGAUAGCCAGUUCAGUGAUUUUCUGGAUGGACUUGGUCCCGCCCAGCUUGUAGGACGACAGACUUUGGCAACACCAUCAAUGGGAGAUAUUCAGGUGGGAAUGAUGGACAAGAAAGGACAACUGGAAGUAGAAAUAAUCCGAGCCCGUGGCCUUGUUGUAAAACCAGGUUCAAAGACACUGCCAGCACCAUAUGUAAAGGUGUAUCUAUUAGAAAAUGGAGUCUGCAUAGCCAAAAAGAAGACAAAGGUAGCAAGAAAAACUCUGGAACCACUUUAUCAGCAACUUCUAUCUUUUGAAGAAAGUCCCCAAGGGAAAGUUUUACAGAUAAUUGUUUGGGGAGACUAUGGACGUAUGGAUCACAAAUCCUUUAUGGGAGUGGCACAGAUACUUUUAGAUGAACUGGACCUGUCCAACAUGGUGAUUGGGUGGUUCAAACUUUUUCCUCCUUCUUCCCUAGUAGACCCAACUUUAGCUCCUCUCACUAGAAGAGCUUCCCAAUCAUCUCUUGAAAGUUCAACAGGACCUUCAUAUUCUCGCUCAUAGCAGCUGUGAAACUGUUGUCAUAGCAACCAGCGUUACAAAAAAAUAAAAUUACAGGUCGCAAACCCUGGUAACACUGCAUGCUUAAUGUUGUGUCUUCUGAGCCUGUUUCUAGGGCUGCAACGCGAUCCUGUGUUCUCAAGGAAGUUGCACACAUUGUGCCCUACAGAAGGCCCUCAGGUGAUGGACUGAAAUCAUGAAGAACUGAUAGGUUUGGAGUUCAGGGACUCAGUUUUGGUCCAAUCUGAAGCCAUGGACUAAACUAAAAAAAUCAAUCUGUUUCAUGCAACAAAAGUCCUUUUCAAUAGCAUAUCUGUUUUGUUGCUCCCGUUGCUUUAUUUAUCUGCCCUCUACUCCUAAAGCUUGGUUAUGCCACAGAAAUGGAGUUACCCUCCCACGAAGCCACGUUACAAGUCAGUGGAAUAGCAGACAGUGGAAGAAAAGAAGAAUGUAAGGAUGCUGGAAAAGUCAACUGGCACUUGUAGCAGUUGCUUGAGAUCUGAAAAAUCUCCAUAUUGAAAAGGUUCAAGACUUAAAGUGGCGGGCUUCAUACCUCCAGCUAUUCACACAGUGAAACCCCAGACAUGAUGGACUCUCUGAAAAAUAAAAUUCUGUGGAUAUACUGUACUGUAUGAAAUUAAGAAACUUUUUUGCAUGGACACAGAUUUAGCUGAACACUUAAAUUAUUUUCUUGGGGCUGCAACUUGCAAAAAAAGAAAAAAGAAUAAAUCAGCCAUUUUCAACAGUUUAUAUUAUUUUUAAAAAUAAAUUUCACUAGUGCAUGGUUUUAAAGGAAAGAGAAUGCAACAGGGUGAUACAAAGACACACCACGUUUAUCAUUCUUUAAACCAAUCAUGGUCUGUAUUUUUGCAGACUUAUAUUAAAAAUAAAAAAUAAUUUCUAGCAAAUAUUUAAAAUUCUGUUUAUGUGACAAGAAAUAAGUGUAAUAUAUUAAAUUUAUUUAAAUGUAAAAGGUACAAGCCUUGUAAAGUUCAACAUAAUGUGCAAAUUGUACACUUCUUUUACCACCUCCUUUCUCUAUCUCUCCUUCCAGUCUCCCUUCUUCCUUUUGCUCUUUUUCCCCUCUACCUCCCAGGAUGAUCAGAAUAUUCUAAAAUGGCUACCUUUUGACUUAUUACUCUCUUAUGCCCCAUAUUUGGUUCAGGGUUGCAGAUUGUUCUGCAUUUCUGAAUUAUUUGAGAAAAAUAUUGAUUAAGAACUUACUUUUUUUCAAGCAUGUUGAAAAGGAUUUUGCAACAUGGCUUGGGAGUACAUUAAUGUAAUUCAGCAUGUAUUUGAUAAAGAAGAUAUUUGAACUUUUUGCAAUUUAUUGUACAGUGCAUGGUAACUUAUUUUCAUUUUUUUCUCACCUUCAAAUUGAAUUCUGCAGCAAAAUACUGGAAUCAUGUGGCCAUUGUAAGAUGUCUUCAAUAAAUUUGUUUUCAGCACCAGCAUCUUUCAUUCAAAGACUGAACUAUCAUUUCUUGAAGGUUUUUGGAAAGAGAAAAAAUUAAGUACCUGGUUGAUUUUUAGGAAAUAAAUUUAAGCACUUUUAUUUGCACUAAACCAAAUUGAUUGCUACGUUUUUGAGAUUACAAAAGCAACACAGGUUACUAAUCCAGACAGUUCUUCUGCUGUAAAGUUCAAUUUUCAUAAAUUACAUUUGCAUUGCAAAAGACAUAAUUAGGUAAUAUCAGUCUGGAAAAUAACAGUCUUUGGUUUGUAAAAUAGCCUUAAAGAAAGCUUAUCAGAACCACUCUGACAGCUAUUUGACGCCAUUACCAGAACCUCACUGCAGUUAAUGCAUCUUCAAAAACCUGGUUUUUGUAGCAUACAGUAACUACCAUUGGGUGGUGCUGCAAGUUCAAGCUUCUCAUUAAAUUAUGUUGUUUAAACGGAAUGUAACUGGCUAACAUUUAAUAACAAAUAUCCUUUUUUUCUGGGUCUUUGUAUGCCUUUAAUACCUACUUAAGGUUUAUUAUUGAAACCUUGCAAUAAUUUUUGAAGUAUACAUUACAUUUACCUUUAAGGCCACACAGAAUUAUUCUGAUUUUAUUGAAAAAUCUAUUGAAGUUUCCCAUUAACAAAUUGUAAAUGCCUCGUAAGAGGGCAAAAGUAAUAACAGUAUCACUUAUAAUGCCUUUUACUUUGUGCAAUAUCAUAGAAAUCGAGAUUGUGUCUUGUCUGCAGAGUUUAUAUAAUGGAUUAUUGUUAAUAGACAGACUGGUAAAAUUAUAUUUAUUGAAAUAAUUUAGACACCUGUCUACCAGCAGCAAAUAAAUACUACUAACAUACAGUCUACAAUAUCCCCUAGGAUAUAAACAAAAAUACAUAACCAUUUUCCUGACACUGUGAGAUGUGCUCACACAUUCUUGUAUGCAUAGACCUAUAUAAAUUAUUUCAAAUUUUAAAAUCAAGGAGAUGACACAUGGAAGGUUUGUACAUACUUGUUGUUAUGCAGUAUUUAUUUUAAAAAAAUUAAUGUAUUUUUUUUAAUUUUCACACGUCUGCAACUCUACUUAUGAUUUAGUCAUGUAAAUAGCACUAUUCCAGUGAUCACUGCUGUCUUGUACAUAGUACGUUUUAAAAAGCUAAAAGGAAUUACAGUUGGGGAAAAAAAAAAAAGGGCAGAUUAGGCCUGUCAUGAACACCAACUAAUGUAAAUCAAACUCAUUCUGGUGAUGGUAUUUAACACUUUAAAUAAAACAUUUUCUUUACAGAA